AAAACAGCGGAUCUCCGCGGAAAAUUGCCAUCCCUGCUGUCGACGACGUCCUGGAAACGCCUGUCGGUCCGGAAUGGCGGCCGUAUGAAAUCGAGCCGCUCCGGUUCGAUUGCGAGGCCUGCUCGGCUUGAACCGCGACGACCGGAAGAGGUUUUGCCUCGCGUUUGGGUACUGGCGGACACCUCGAAACGAUUGUGAUUUUCUUGUCAGAGAAGCGUGCUUCGUUUGAUUUGCCUGCCGGUCGCGGUGUGAGCGCGCGCUUCGUCAGCCUUCCGGAAGGGGGUCACUCGGCGCUAAAGCUAAGGUACCCCAAGGACGAGCCGCCCGUCAUACACCGCCGACCCAAGUCCCAGUCGCGUCGUCUUCCAAAUGAAGCGUUUUUAAGAAACCCCGCGGUGAGAUUCGCGCUCCUUACAAGACCACGGAUCGAUCGACGAAACGAUCCAUCGGACUUCUGUCGAGAUUUUCGGAUUGUCGCGCCGGACGGCGUGUCGGUAGGCAGCAGACGGAAUCAGCUGUGUGUCUGUGUGUCUGUGCCUGUGUGUCUGUGUGUCUGUGCCUGUGUGUGUGAUUGACGUGUGAGCAAGAGAUGUUGCCCCUGAAGGAGAAAGACAAGGUGAUCGUCGGGAAGCUGUUGGCGUGCGGCUGCUGCGCUCGCUGCGUGCUCAGGUUCUGCUGCAUCGGAGUCCCGGACGCUUACAGGCAGGGCCACCGGGAAACGCUCAGGGAACUUCGAGCCUUCGUUGAAAACCACAAUUGGCAGAAGAAUGUUGCCCAAUUGGAAGCGCCUUGCAAAAGAAGCAGACUGGAGUUGGAGGAAGCGACGGGCGAGAGCGAGAUCGAGGACGAGGGCGUGUGCGUGGUGUGCUUGGGCGUCCUGCAGCACCUCAGCGACGCCCCCCAGGCCGUGCAGAUCGCCGACGCCAUCAAGAAGGAAAAGUACCAAGUGGACACUUUGGUGCUGUCCGUCUCGCUGCCUGCUCAGAUGUGCGUGCGCGAGCACUCGUGUUGGCUUCACGUGAAGGAGGACGUGAGAGCCAAGUGCGGCGCGCUGGGUCGCCGCGACGUGAUCCAGGUGAAGGAGGCCUUCAAGUGGAUCAUGCAGGGCCCGCUGGCCCGGGAGUUGGGCGCCGUCGCCGUGGCCGCCAAGAGCCCCCUGGAGGUCAGCGUGUGUUUCGCUCACCCGGAAACCGACGCCGACUGCCACUUCCUUGCGUCCGCUUGUCCCGACUGCUUCAAAGUCAGCAAGAACAAACAGUCGGCGUUUACCCGCAUGGCGGUGGCGAAAGCUCUGGAGAAGAUCCCGGAUAACAAAUUUCUCGAACGCUCGCCAUGUCCGCCGUCCCGUCCGGGCAGCGCCUGCGCGCCGCAGGAGGUCCGGUGCGUCCACGCGUCCGUCUUCGUGGCGGGGCGCUAUAACAAGUUCUGCCGAAGUCUGCCGCAGACGCCGUGGUUCAUCAACGGCCAGCGGCGGAUGGAGUCGUCGGUGGAGGAGCUCGUCGCCGCGCCCGUGCUCGCCGCCUUCGGAGCGCGAGGAUUUAAUUUCUCGUCGUCCGGCCGAGAGGACGUGGACGUCCGCACCCUGGGAAACGGUAAACGGCGACAGACCCCCCCCCCCCCCCCCAAUUCCUCCUCGUCAUCGUUCACCCCCCCAGGUCGACCGUUUGCGCUGGAGCUGCUGAACCCGCGCAGGAGCCAACUGAGCCCGGAGAGCAUGAAGAACGUGCAGCAGGCCAUCAACGCGUCCUCGCAGAAGAUCCGAGUCCGAGAUCUGCAGAUGGUCAGCAGAGACGCCACGAGUCGUCUGAAGGAGGGCGAGGAGGAGAAGACCAAGUCAUACCGAGCCUUGGUGUGGACGCAAAAAUCCAUCCGGGAAGACGACGUCGCCUUCAUCAACCGCAUCGAGGACCUGAAGGUGGACCAGAAGACCCCUCUGCGGGUUCUGCACCGCCGCACGUUGGCGGUGCGUCAGCGCCUCGUCCGCAGCAUGAGCGCCGACUUGCUGGACGAGCACCACUUCCGGCUCGGCCUCAAGACGCAGGCCGGAACCUACAUCAAGGAGUUUGUCCACGGCGACUUUGGGCGCACCAAACCAAAUUUGUGUCAGCUCCUCGACACGCACACCGACAUCCUGGAACUUGAUGUGGAGUCCGUAGACGUGGACUGGCCUCCCGCCCUGCCGGACUAAGCUCGGACUCUCACGGGCAGCGCGGAUCCAGUCGAAACGGGGCCGAGCCGCAGCGACGCCGCCUACGCGGGGUCGGGCCCAACCAGGAAUCCGGCGUCCUACGCGCAGAUUUGGAAGCGCCGUCUCCACUGAGUUUGUGGCACGUCUUGAAGCUCUGGCGUCCGACUGCCGUCGCUGUGAAUUGCACGCCUCUUUUCUUUCUUUUUUUUUUUUUUUUAGACAGGCGGGUACUCUCUGCUACAAACGUCGCUAGCUUGUUGCGAAAACGUAAUGCUAGGCUAACACAACUAGCGCCAUUUGCGCGCAAACACUUGGGCAAUAUCAAUCGAAAUGUUAGAAUGCGGCAAUACAACAAGAUGGGGAAUUGCUCACUGUCAUCAAAAAAUGAA